UUUAUUUAUUUUUAUUUUUUAUUUAUAUUGUUCUGAUUUUAUUUUUUAUUUAUUUAUUUAUAUAUUUAUUUUACUAAAAAGGGGGAAAUAAUAAGUGUCCCCGCACCGUGAGUGGACCGGGACAGUUUGGACCCCACUUCUACACACAAACAAGACCGCACGCGCACACACACACACACGCACGCGGAGGAGGAGGAGGAGGAGGAGGAGGCGGGGACCUCCCUCUGCCCUCCUCGGUGACCGACCCGUCAUCCUCGGGCUCGGGGAAGAGACGGAUCACCUCCUCGGUCUCCGUCUGGUUCUUCUUCUUCUUCUUCGCCGCCGCUGAGGAGGAAGGAGGCGCGAGGGCAGAAGAAGAUGAAGAUGAUGAUGAUGAUGAUGAGGAGGAAGGUGAUGAAGAUGGAGGGGCUUUAACAACAUGGGGGAGAUGUAUAGUCUAUAUAUAGGCUAUGCCCCGGACUGCACCAACCUCCGGCCACCUGCCCUCCUCCUCCCGGUGCCCGGUCAGCAACAGCUCGGCGCCUGAAGAGCGAGUCCUCCCCCGUUUCCUCCCCCAUGCUCUCCUCACCUCCACAUGUUAAAAAACACACACUCGUCUUUUUUUAGCAACGCUGCUGCUGCUGCUGCUGCUGCUGCCCUCCUUCCUCCUCCUCCUCCUCCUCCUCCUCCUCCUCCUACACCAGAACGAUGAAGCGUGGGUCGGGUGUGUUGCCCCCUCCCUCGGAUGCAGCCAAACGUCCCACGCUCGCGGGUUCGAGUCCCUUCCCAGCAGCCACCUCUCUGUUCAGCCCCGACGUCAGCACCAAGAUGGCGUCUGACCUGCUCAUCAGGCUCUCAGAGGCCACCCAGAAGGCCCAGAUGCAUCCUGGGAGCCGAGAGGAGGCGGAGCAGCAGGACGAGCCGGGCCUCGCCCUCUCACCGGACGGACCCGGGGCGAGUCCAGAGCCGCCGUCGCUGACGCACACUCCUGACGGCGACGCCGCCACCGACACGCUGGCCUCAGACCUGCUCAGGAAGUUGGCAGAGCGGCAGGAAGUGACCGGCCACGUACCGAGGCUGAAGGAAGAAGAAGAGCGGAUGGAAAUCGACACGAUGGCGAAGAAUCAACCAGCCGCAGAGAAGACGGCCUCAUGCGCCUCAAACAAGGUCAACCAUGUCUUCACUGUGAAAGCAGAAGGGUCUCAGGGUCUCACUGGGAACAAGACGGCCGAGCAGUUUGAGCCAGGAGCCAAAAUGGUGGACAGAUGUCUUCUUGGCGUUAAACUAGAAGACGCAUUUUGCAGCAGAGCUUGUCAGCCUGGAUCUAAGAUGACGGACAGCGGCGUUUCUGCAGUCGGCAAGUUUCAGCUUCCAGUGAAAAUGGAGGAUUGUGGAGUCUAUGGAGCCAAAAUGGCUGACCACCAUCUAACUGGGAUCAAGAUGGAGGACCAGCUUCUCUUUAAAGCAAAUGUUGCAGAGCAGCCAUUCUCCAGAGUCAACGUGAGCCACAAGUUCUUCUCUGGAGUUAAGAUCGAGGACCAGUUUCCUUCAGGGGGUAAGAAAGAAGACCACUUACCUUCAGGGGCCAAGAUGGUGGUCCAGUUUCCUACAGGGGUCAAGACAGAGGACCAUUUACCUUCAGGGGCCAAGAUGGUGGUCCAGUUUCCUACAGGGGUCAAGAUGGAGGACCACUUACCUUCAGGGGCCAAGAUGGUGGUCCAGUUUCCUACAGGGGUCAAGACAGAGGAGCAUUUACCUUCAGGGGGUAAGAUGAUGGUCCAGUUUCCUACAGGGGCCAAGAUGGAAGACUGGCUUCGUUCAGGGGCCAAAAUAGAGAACCAGUUAGUUUCGGCAGUUAAGAAGGAGAACCAGUUUCCUUCAGGGGUGAAGCUGGAGAACCAGUUUCCUUCCAGGGUGAAGUUGGAGAACCAAUUUCCUUCAGGCGCCAGGAUGGAGGACAUGUUUUGUUUAGGGGCCAAAAUGGAGGGCCAGUUUCCUUCAGCGAUUAAGCUGGAGAACAAGUUUCCUUCAGGGGUCAAGAUGGAGGACAGGUUUUGUUUAGGGGCCAAGAUGGAGGAACAGUUUCCUGCCGGGGUCAAGGCGGAGAACCAGCCUGUCUCUGGAGUCAACACAACGGCUCAGAUUUUCUCUGCGGGGAAGACGGACGAGCAGCUUUACUUCAAAACCAAGAUGGAAGACCAGUUCGCCUCCGGAGCCAAGAUGGCCGACCAGUGUCUCCGAGCGGUGCUGUGGCAGGACAUGUCGGUGAACCUGGCGUCCACGCUGCUGCACCAGCUCUCAGAGCGAGUCAGUAAAUCCAACAACCCGCUGACAGAGAGGGCGACUCCGCCCACCAGAAGCAGUCCUGUUCUGAAAGUGGACCAACUCCGUUCCUCCCCAUGUUUGAGCCCCCAGGAACCUCCACAUGAAACGCUAACCGGCCUCCGCCGAGAUCAAACCGUGGGAUGUUCUUACUUCUUCAGGUGCCACGUGUGCGGCUUUGAGACGGACGGCCACGCCCUCUUUCAGGGUCACAUGACGGAGCACCGCCAGUGGGAGCGCGACUCCUUCUCGCUGCACUGCUGCCUGUGUGACCUCUCGACCAAUCAGGAGGCGGAGAUGAGGGCUCACGUCGUCACCCACGGCGACGCGUUACAGACGAGAUGCCCCAUUACCCUCCCCCCCGCCGCCGCCGCCGCCGCCGCCGCCGCCGCCCCCGGCAGUCUCUCUCCGGCAGUUGCCGCGGCAACCCAGCCUCCGAAGAGCCCCCCUGAGCACCACUGCCGCAUCUGCCAGAGGUCGUUUCCCGGGCAACAGGAGCUGCUGGUCCACUUCCAGGGUCAUCGCCAGGGCAACCAGUACCGGUGCGACCGGUGCGGCCACCUGACGCGCACGGCCAACAAGCUGGUGGAGCACGUCCGCGUGCACACGGGCGAGCGGCCGUUCACCUGCGACCUCUGCCCGUACAGCGCCAAGCGGCGGGACAGUCUGAGGCUGCACCGCCGGGUCAAGCACGUCGCCCCCGGCAACGGCGACGUGCACACGCACCGGUCGUACGCGCACGCCGACGGCAGCGGCGGCCAGAGGGCGGGCAGGCUGGUGCAGCAGCAGCGGCGGCGGCUGCACACCUCCUCCACGACACCUCCCUCCUCCUCCUCCUCCUGCUCCUCCUCCUCCUCGUCCUCACUUCCUCCUCUACACCCGUCUCUCUCCGACAGGACGGGGUGGAGGGAUCUGUCUCCUCUGCUCCCCAUCACCACACUCAUCUCUCUGAAACCUCGCUCACCUUCAUCCUCCUCCUCCUCCUCCUCCUCCUCCUCCUCCUCCUCCAGCAGCAAACACUCCUUCCUCGAUUAUUUAGGUCUGAAAACUUCUUUGUGAAUGUGUUUUUCUCCUUCUCCUUCCCCUCAUCUUCUCCUUAGACCUCGUUUUCUUCUCAUCUGCUCUCUUUCUUUGUUUGGUAACUGUUAGCUGGGAGGCUAGGAAGAGCUACUGUUAGCUGGAAGGCUAGCAAGAGCUACUGUUAGCUGGGAGGCUAGGAGAGCUACUGUUAUCUGGGGGGCUAGGAGGAGUUGGAUUUAGCUGGGAGGCUAGGAAGCGCUACCUUUAGAUGAGGGACUAAAAUGCUAAGAAGAGCAACUAUUAGCUGGGUGGCUAGAAAGAGCUACCACUAGUUGGGUGGCUAAGAAGCACUAGUAUUAGCUUGGAGGCUAACAACAGCUACUAUUAGCUGGGAGGCUAAGAAGAGCUAGAAUUAGCUUGGAGGCCAAGAAGGGCUUCUAUUAGGUUGGAGGCUAACAAGAGUUUCUAUUAGCCGGGGAGCUAGGAACGGCUACUAUUAGCUCGGAGGCUAAGAAGAGCUGGUAUUAGCUUGGAUGCUAACAAAUAGCUACUUUUAGCUGGGAAGCUAAUGAGAGUUACUAUUAGCUGGGAGGCCAAGAAGGGCUAGUAUUAGCUUGGAGGCUAA